AUGGUAUGUCUCCUGGGUGAUUUCCUUUAUUUUCAGUGCGCGUCCAACGCGAUCCGAAACCCUUAUCUCUGAUUGAAUGCUAAUUUUUUGUCUGCCGAUCUCAGUCUUCGCUUGCGGCUGCCAGAGCGGACAAUUUUUACUAUCCACCGGAAUGGAGCCCCAAAAAGGUGAGGCGCGCGGUCCAAUUCGAUUUCUGUAGUGGGAGCUACAUAGUAAUGUUUUCAUGCGAAUGGGGAUUUACUUUCUUUAUUAGGCAUUUUUAUUGUCGGAUGUCGACGCUGAUUGAUUAAGCAUCCUCUUUUAAUUGUUCUAGGGCUCCUUGAACAAGUUCCAUGGGCAGCAUGCUUUAAGGGAAAGAGCGAGGAAGCUCGAUCAGGGUAUUCUGAUUAUACGGUAAUAACAUCCCUUUCCUCAAUAUUUCUUGAAUGAUUAGGGUUUGCCCUAAUCGUUUGUUUGUUUCAGAACAUUUCUCGGAUUUUCAGAACAAUAGGUGCUUAUUUAUACUCUAAAAUUGAUGCCUAAGUGACGGAUCAUUCCCACGAAUGUGAUUUAGCUUAAUUUUAAGGCAGUUUUUUGAGGGAGGUGGGUGUGUAUCCUAAUGUUAUUAUGUUAUGUUGGUGUAUUGAUGCGUUGAGAAGGGUUUUUUCUCGAGAAAAUAGCCCUAGUUCGUUGGCUUAUGUUUUUGUGCCCCUCCUCAAAUUUUGAUGCUUAAUCAUGCUAUGGUGCUGAACUUCACUGGAUGUCCUUUACCUGUCUGGGUUAUUUCUACGAUACCGCAGCCUGUUGGUCCUUGAAAAUAGAUGGGCCCUACUCACACGUAUUGUCGAGCCAGCAUGCUUGAGUUGAUCAUUGUCCAUUAUCCCAUAGCUCAUUAAAGAACUAUGCGUUUUGAAAAUUUUGGGUUGCUUUAAUUAUGAUGGGUUGUAAGCUUGUAACUCACCUCUAUUAAAAAAAAAUAGGGGAAGGGAAGCUUUUAUUAAUCCGCUCUCCUCUUCUCUCAGGCUCACUCACCUGUCUCUUUGCAUCGUUCUUCUCUUUCAUUGCUUUUUUUUCUUUUCUUUUCUGCUCACGAACCUAACAGUUACCUAGGAAAAACUAUGUCCGAACCUGGCCCAUAAAUCAGCAGCCAAACAGCAAGCCCUCAGAGAAAUGAAACCCAAAUAGGGGUUUGGGUGCUUGACUUUCAUUUCUCUGAGGGCUUGCUGUCUGGCUGUCUGCUUUUUGGAAUGAUUGGAAUAUCAUUCUUAAGUGUAUUAGAAAGGCUCACUAUAUAGGAUCUCAGUAUAUCCUUUUCCAUCAUCCUCAGAUUUUUUUUGUUCUUUUCUAUUUCUUACAUGUCCUAUUGCACACAGUUGCAGAACGGCUGGUUCUUCAGUGACUCUCCCCGUGGGGAUGUCCUAAUAUUGUAUGCUUGAGUGUUUUCCUCUUUUUGAUGCCUAUUAUAAAGCUCAAAGUAUACAUUUAGUUUUUGCUGUCAUAUAAAUUCUUGAAUAAAGAAAUUAAAUAUGGUUUCUUCUUCACUUGGAAAAUUAUUGCGCUGUAUAAUGUACAAAAAUACAUUCAUGAACACUCAGAGUCCUGUUAAAAAGAGACAGGCAACAAGAUAUAUCGGGAGGAAAUCUACGUGGAACUGAUUGUAUCUUAAUUGGCUGAUCCACGUGCAGAUUCGAGAUGCCCUUCAACAUCUGGUGUGGCGGAUGCAAUUCGAUGAUUGGCAAGGGUGUCAGGUUCAAUGCCGAGAAAAAGCAAGUGGGAAAUUACUAUUCUACAAAAGUACGUUUCUAUCUUCAUUUAAAGCAUUCAUUUUUGCAUUAUUUUUUAUAAUACAAUAUUCAAGAUAGAUUGCAGAAAAAAUAAGAUGCAUUAUGCAAUUUCUCUUUUCAUAUUUACUGGGCAUAUUUCAUUUAAUCUAGAGUAAUGGACUAGGGAUAAAUUGAAGAUGGGGUAAAUCUCAGAUGGGACAUAACCAGAGCUUCCACAGUACGAGGAUAAAAUAAAAUAGAAGCCCCUAGUUCCGUCUGUUAAAUCAUUGACUGGUUAAGCAAACACAGGGCACGGAUCUUCUUCUUUCUUUGGGUGAAGAAUUUACUAAUGUGCAUGCCUGUUUGGGACUGAUAGUUGCUGUGAUUAUUUCCUUGUGUCAGAUAUGGAGCUUCACCAUGAAAUCUGCUUGCUGCAAACACGAAAUCGUCAUCCAGACGGAUCCAAAGAACUGCGAAUACGUGAUAAUCAGCGGCGCUCAGCGCAAAACAGAGGACUUUGACGUUGAGGAUGCUGAAACGCUGGCUCUACCCGCAGACGAAGGUACUCCCAUCAAGUUCAAGUUUAAAUUCAAGUCCUGUGUCAGACUCACCGCCUCCGUUCCCCAGCUCGUGUGUCUAGCUAUUGGUUGAAGGCCAUUAUUUCUCGCACAUUUUCUCUUCUGAAACUGUGGUCACUUCUACAUUGCAGACAAGGGCAAGCUUUCAGAUCCAUUCUACCGUCUUGAACACCAGGAAGAAGACCUGCAGAAGAAGAAGGAGGCCGAACCCGUCCUAGUCCGCCUUCAGAGAAUCUCCGACAGCCGGCAUGCGGACGACUACAGCCUCAACAGAGCCCUCAGGACUCAUCUUAGGGUAUGUAGGAAGGACAGCCGAUGCUUUCUCAAAGUGGUGGUAAUUGAUCUCUCACCUCUUCCUCCUCUCUCAGGACCAGAAGAAGAGAGUCGCUCAAGAGGAGGAUGCUUCGACGAGGUUGGGGCUCGGAAUACGGCUGCUCCCCAGAUCAGAGGAAGACUCCUCGGCCUCCGCCAGGGUGAAGUUCCCGCCCAAAUUUGAAAGGAAUCGGAAGGACAGACGGGCCGCGAUCCGAUCCUCGUCUAUAUUCGGGGCCCCCUCUAAGUCCUCCCCCGGCGGCGACCAGAGACCGGUGCUGGAGGCGAAGCGGCGGCGGAUCCAGGCGGCGGCGGCCUCGGCGUUGUUGGCGGGCUCGGUCAGGCCAUCCCCCUCUUCUUCCAGCUCUCGUCUGCAGAACGCGAGGCCUCUCAGCAUCAGGAGAAGAUGA